AUGUCACAACCCGCAGAAACACAGGGAUAUGGCUUUAACCAUACAAUGAUCAGAGUAAAAGAUCCAAAGCCGUCUCUCGAGUUUUACCAGAAUGUGCUGGGCAUGUCCCUUAUUCGCGACGUGCGCGCAGAGAAAAAGUAUGAGACCUUUACACUCUAUUUCCUCGGCUACGAUCGGGGAGGAGAUUCUCUCAAGGAAUCCCACAUUAUGGAGCGUGAAGCCAUCCUGGAGCUCACACAUAACCAUGGGACGGAGACGGAUGAGAAUUUCCAAGGAUAUGCAUCUGGGAAUACCGAGCCAGGAAGAGGAUUUGGUCAUAUCGCCAUCACUGUACCCAACAUCCAAGAGGCCUGCGGACGCUUUGAGAGGCUCAAUGUACCCUUUAAGAAGCGUCUUACGGAUGGAAAGAUGAAGGAGAUUGCGUUUAUUCUGGAUCCAGAUGGAUACUGGGUUGAAAUCAUCCAAAAAGGCCUCCGACUCUGA